GCCAAAUGAAGAUGGAACUAUCAUUCUUUUGGAAAGUAGCCUCCAUCUUGAUUCCUUCAUCAUCAUUAUGAAAUGCUCAUUCUUGUGCCUAGUUCUGAUGUUCAUUGGCCAUUCCCAAGAAUCUAUCAACAGUGGUGGAGAAGAAUUGCUGGAAAAUAAUGAAUCUGACAAAAGCACAUUAUCAGAAGGGAACUCACAGAGAAGACCACCUUCAGAUAAACCAGAGCAUGUCCCAGAUAGUACCCCACUUUACUCAAAACAAGAUGGUGAUGCUCAUCCAGGUGAAGCUUCCACAUGGGGCAAAGGAUUGUACAAAACCUUUGACAAUUGUGUGUUCUCUUUUGAGUCUUUUUGCAAAUUCACUUUCUGUCGUCAUUGUGUUGAGUCUGGAAGAGAGUUCAACAUUGAAAUGACUCGAAACAAGAAUGGAAAGAUUGACCGAAUAGCGAUUGUGUUAGAUGGCAAUGUAAUCACAGUGAAAGAUGGCAGAAUUCUUGUCAAAAACAAAUAUGUGCAACUGCCAUUUGACAAUAAAAUGGUCCAUAUUAAGAAAUAUGGGGACUAUACCAAGCUGGAAAGUCGCAGAGGUAUUCUGACAUUACUAUGGAAUAAUGAAGAUAAAUUUUCAAUCACGCUGCAUAAAAAAUAUGAGACCUGUGGCCUUUGUGGAAGCCUUCAUGCUGGCAGAGACACAGAUGUCGUGAAGCUGAUUAGAGAUAGCAAAAUUCCAGAUGCAACAUGUCCUGAGCCUGUGAUAGAACAGGGUGUACACUGUGAUGAGGGGGAAAUGUAUUGCCAUGAUAUCAUUUCAAAGUACUUCAAAUCAUGUAAAACUGUUGGCAACCUGUACCAUGAGUAUGAAAAAUUGUGCACUGAAGAAUACUGCAAAACUGGAAGUGGAAUGGAUGUGUGCAGUACAUUUCUUGAAUUAGCCAGAAAAUGUUCAUCUGAAGGUUCUGGUCCAUUUGAAGCCUGGAGAAGAGAUCCUGAUGUGAUUUGCGUUACACCUGCAUGUCCAGAAUCCAAAAUUUACAGAGACUGCGGCCCUUCCAACCCGGCUACAUGUUCUUAUAUGUCUCUUUACCAAGAUGCCGGAUGUGUGAGUGGCUGUGUAUGCCCAGAAGGUUAUGUGGUCGAUGACAUUGAAGAAAAUGGCAAAUGUAUUAAGAAAAGAAAAUGCCCUUGCAAAUUUGAUGGGAAAGUAUACAGACCAGGUGAAAAGCGGAAAGGUCCUUGUAAUUCAGAAUGCACUUGCCAGGAUGGAAAAUGGGCCUGCACUGAAUCCUUAUGUCCAGGGAGAUGCUCAGUAGAAGGACCUUUCAUUACAACCUUUGAUGGCAUCUCUUACACCUAUGCUGGAGACUGUCACUUUGUAGCAAUCCAGCACAAGAACUGGUCUCUGAGUGUGGAGCUGCGUCCCUGUCACAAUGGUCCAGCUGAGACGUGUGUCAAGACUGUGACUUUAGCUCUUUUACUGCCUCUUUCAGCGGACAAAUAUAUAUUCCAUAACAAUGGCAGCUUCUUCAAUGACAAGAUAAAGCAUAAAGAUUAUUAUGCUUCAGAUACAAUUGUCAUCUUCAGGCGGUCUUCAUCCUAUAUUGAAGCACAAUUAUAUUUUGGCUUAAAUAUACAAAUACAGCUUGUCCCAACAAUGCAGGUCUAUGCCACGCUGCCAGCGAAAAAAUUUACAAACACAGGAGGGCUCUGUGGUUCCUUCAACAACAAAGCCGGAGAUGAGUUUAUGUCAAGCCAGAACAUCCUGGAGGUGACUCCUGAAGCAUUUGCAAGGUCCUGGGAAAUGAUGACAUGUCCUAAAGCCAGGCAAUUAUCAUGUGCCAGCAUUGAGAAAGAAAAUUUUGCGAAAAAAACCUGUGCCGUCCUUACUGAUGCUAACGGAGUAUUUGCUGCUGGCCAUUCUGUAGUGGACUACAGAGACUACUAUGAAAAAUGUCUUAUGUCCACUUGUCUAUGUGAAGAAAUCAAGGAUUGUUUGUGCACAGCUCUAGGAAACUACGUUAAGGCAUGCACUAAACACGGAGUAUACAUAACUGAUUGGAGAAGGGGAAUGUGUGAGCAAAAGUGUGAAGGGGGCAAAGUCUUCCAGUAUAAUGCAAAAGCCUGCAACACCUCUUGCCGCUCCUUUUCAGAAAGGGAUUUGAGUUGUGAUGUAGAAGAAAGCCCAGUAGAUGGAUGCCUUUGCCCAGAGGGCCUGUACUUAAAUAGCAAAGAAAAGUGUGUGAACCAAGAUGCAUGUGAUUGUUACAUGGAUAAUAAGGUGCUGAUGAGAGAUCAACAUAUUGAGCUGAAUAAUUACACAUGUGUUUGUAGAAAAGGGCAGUUGUUUUGCUACAAUUCCACAGACCUUAAGCCUGUAACCUGUAACGGUGGAGCUGAAUUUAUGACUUGUUCUGACCCAAAAGCAAAGAGAAGAAUUGAGAAAACAUGCACUAGUCUGAACAUGCCUCACUUGUCUACAGACAUGCCUUGCUCGCCCGGUUGCUAUUGUCCUUUAGACAUGGUUCGAGACAAUGAAGGGAAGUGCAUUCUACCAACCAGUUGUCCAUGUUCUUAUAGCGGUCGGAAAUACGAACAAGGCAGCUUGAUAAAAAUUUCAUGCAACACAUGCACGUGUGUACAAGGAACUUGGGAGUGUGAGACAGGUAAAUGCCAAAGUUCUUGCCAUAUCUAUGGGGAUGGUCAGAUCCAAACAUUUGAUGGAAAGUGGUACAGUUACGAUGGACUCUGCCAGUAUGUGCUUGCUGAGGACUUCUGUGGUAAAGAAGAUGGGUCUUUCAGAGUCCUAACAGAAAGUGUCCCAUGCUGUGAAGAUGGAAUUACAUGCUCAAGAAAAAUCACUGUGGUUGUAGAGGAUGGCACCCUUGUUCUAGAAGAUGGAAAAUUCAUGUUUACUAAAGAUGCUGGAAGUACUAAAUGUACAGACAAGGAGCCCUACACUGUCCACACUGUUGGGCUGUACUUGAUCAUCAGAUUCAUCGGUGGAAUAACUUUGAUUUGGGACAAAAACACAAGAGUUUCUAUUGUCAUGGAUUCCGACUGGAAUAAACAAACAUGUGGCCUUUGUGGAAAUCAUAAUGGAAAGAUUCUGGAUGAAUUUACUACUAGAGGAGGUUCACUGGCAGCUGGGACGGUGGAGUUUGGCAACAGCUGGAAAACAAGCCCCAUGUGUUCUGACACAGUUUCUGAGAUUUUUCCAUGUGAUGCGAACGCAUACUGCAAACAAUGGGCUGUCAGGAAAUGUGAAAUUAUCAUGGAGCAACAUUUCAGGAUGUGCCACAACAAGGUUGACCCCACUCCAUAUCACAAGGCUUGCAUUGAGGAAGCUUGUGUGUGCACCAUGGAAGGAAAAUAUCAUGGGUUCUGUACCGCUGUGUCAAUGUAUGCAGAGGCAUGUGCAGCAGUUGGCAUCUGUAUAUCUUGGCGUACUCCAGAACUUUGCCCUGUCUUCUGUGACUACUAUAAUGCACCUGGGGAAUGCAGCUGGCAUUACAAGCCCUGUGGAAGUAUGGCGACCAAAACCUGUAAGCAAAAUGCAGGUGAAUGGGAUCUUCCCUCUGUUUUGGAAGGUUGCUAUGCGAAGUGUCCAGAACACAAACCUUAUUUAGAUGAAAACACCAUGAAAUGUGUCCGUUUGUCAGACUGCACAUGCUAUCACAAUGAAAUAGUGCUACCUGGAGAAUUCAUUUAUGACGAAUGUGGCCGACUAUGUGUUUGCAGACGUGGAGACUUGGAGUGCUCUGAGAUUCCAUUUGUUCCAAGAUUUGGUGAUGAAAUAAAAACGAAGCCUGAAGGAAUCACCAUCCCAGCCACUGCCACUACCAGAUUGAGCUCCACCCACAUGAUAGGAACUCAUAGAAAUGAGACUGAAGUAACAAAUCCUGGUUUCAUUGAUAGCACAAGUCAGAGGAUACAAACAGGAAGUUUCACAGAAAAGCUGACAAAAGCAACUACAGCUGUGGAUGAACAUGCCACUGGUGUCCCUCCUAGUACUGGGAUUCAUAUUACCAGCAGUGCUAUCCAUUGGAAUACAGAUGCUACUAGAAGACCUACAGAACAUGAACCAGUAAGAAGCUCAACUGAAGGCAGCAAAAAUGUCACUACAGGAACGGAUGGGGGUGUUGAACGCUCUACUUUUGUCCCUCCCAAAACCAGUAAAAGUAUGACCAGCAGUCAUGUCCAACGGAGUACAGAUGUAACCAGACAACCAGCUGAUCAUACAGUAGUCAGAAGCUCAACUGAAGGAAGCAGAAGUGUCACUACAGGAAAGGUUGGAAGUCCUGAGACCUCUACACUUGUCCCUACCAAGUCGAGCAGAAGUAUGACCAGCAGACUUGUUCAACAGAGUACAGAGGUAACCAGAAAACCAACUGAACAUCCAUCAGUCAAAAGCUCAACUGAAGGCACCAAGAGUGUCACUACAGGAACGGAUGGAGGUGCUGAGCCCUCUACUUUCCCCCCACAGAAAACUAGCAAUGGUGUGACCAGUAGGCUUGUCCAACAGAGUACAGAUGUAACUAGAAAGCCAACUGAACAUACAGCAGCCAGAAGCUCAACUCAAGGCAGCAAGAGUGUCACUAUACAAACGACUGGAGAUGCUGAGCCCUCUACUUUUGUCCUUCCCAAAACCAGCAGAGGUAUGGCCAGUAGUCUUCUCCAGGAGAGUACAGAUGUAACCAGAAAACCAACAGUCAGAAGUUCAACUGAAGUCAAGAAGGUCACAACAGAAUAUAACAAGCCCUCUACUAAAGUCUCAGCUAGGACUAUCACAGAUACUACACAUGAAAACACGAGUGCAAGAAUUGGAUAUGCAACAGGAUGUCCAGACAUACCAGAUCCAACCUCAUGUCGGUUUAAAAAUAAAUAUUUCAAGAUUGGAGAAAGGUUUAAGGAUCCGGAUAAUCCAUGUCUCGAUUACACCUGUACCAGAGAAGGCUUUAAAACCAAAGUUGAAGAAUGUGUUGAGCAGAAAUGGUGUAAAAAGGCAGACAGACUGUAUAAAGAAAACAAAUGCUGCUAUAACUGUGUGAAUGAAUGUAGACCAAUUCAGAAGGCAAUGAGAAUUUCAGCCAAGGGUUGUUCAACUACCAUCAUGAUGGCAAUAUGUUCUGGCGAUUGUCCAGUAUCACUCAUAUAUGGUGAGAUUGAUCGCCAUCUGCUGAACAGAUGUUCUUGUUGCCAGCCAACAGAACACAUGCCCAGAAAUAUUCCCAUUGUCUGUCCUAACGGAAAAAUAGAAGUAUAUACAUACAAGCACACAACCUCUUGCGCCUGUAAGGAUUGUGGAAGCCGUUGAAAUCGUACAUUUUAAAUGAGAUUCUCCCUUCUUCCUCUAAAGUGCAGUUUUGAGAUUUCCAUGGAUCACCACUGCUGAUUUAAAUCAUCAUUAAAACAGUACAUGGUCUGUAAUCAAAAUCCAAUUUCCAAAAAUGAAACAGUCAAAUAAAUACUUUUUGCAAAUAA